CAAUAUUCGUGGAGGUCGUGAAGGAUGAGUCUCAGCCAGACACUCGCGCGCCGCGUGAAUGUGACGACCCGUUUCUCGCUGGUGCAGAUGAAGGGCCAACAGCGUCGCAACGGGGGCUCGUUGAACAAGAACAAGCAAAUUGAGGUCUGGAACGGUGUCCGCGAAAACUGCGACCGUGAGUUCGUGUUCAACGUGCCCACCGUGAGCAAGUUGUUCCUCGGCACGGUCCUGCCCUUUUCGCUCGUGUACCACUUCGCCAUGGAAGAGCAGAUCAAACACGAUCAAAUCGAAGGCAAGCCGUACAACCCGCGUCGUUAUUUGUAAGCGGCGUGGGCAACUCGUUCGCGACAGCGUAUCGUUUUGCGAUCCACCAGCGCGCUUAGUUGUACACCACUUGUCUCUCGACAGCUUAAGCACGUAACGCACCUCGCAUUCCAUCGGCUUGAUAUUCCA